AUGCCCGCAAACCAACGGCAACAGUCUAAACAAUCUCCAGCGUCUCCUACCUCCAGACCUACCGCCAAGUACACAAAUAAGGAUGGUUCCAAGUUCAUAACUGUCCCCAAAGUUUUUAAUCCGAGCGACUCUGAGACAUCCCCAGCCAUGGCCCAGACAACUACAAAACCCAAUAGACAGGUGCCCUCACCUCCUACAAAUCCUAGUAGUGCUGUGCCCUCAGUCAAUCGAAAGAAACAAAAGCGCCGCGACAAACAAGCUGCGAAGCUAGCUGCAGAGCAGCCUACGAGAAUUCAUACGAACGGCGCGCACGCUCCAGGAAAGGCACAUUUCCACGAGCAUGGUUUGGACGCGCGAUACGAAGAUAAUGGGCAAUUCGAUCCAGCAGACGGAGAGCAGGACUACAGCGACGAGGAUGGAGAUGCGUAUUCUGGCUCGUAUGGAAAUGACGGGUCAUCUGCAAAUGGGCAUGCGAUACCUGCAUCUGACCCCUCUGGGAAGAAGUCUAGGAAGAAGAAGAAGUCUAGAGCCCAGCCCGAAACACUUCACCACGGGCAUUCUCAUGGUGGAACAAAUGGUAUCUCGCAUAAUGAUGUAUCUCUUCCGCUUCCUCCACUAUCAGCUAGCGAUAUGCCCCGAGGCCCUGGUAUCUCCAAGGAGAAAAUCUGGAACACUUCAUCGCAAGAAGAGCGUCAGCGAAUAAAAGACUUUUGGUUGUCUCUAGGCAAUGAUGAGCGCAAGUCACUUGUCAAAGUCGAGAAAGAUGCAGUGUUAAAGAAGAUGAAGGAGCAACAGAAGCAUUCAUGUAGUUGUACAGUCUGUGGACGUAAGCGCACUGCCAUUGAGGAAGAACUUGAAGUUCUCUAUGAUGCAUAUUAUGAAGAGCUUGAGCAGUAUGCAAAUCACCAAGGGGACGGAGGCCCUACGCCCAUGAUGCCCCCGCCUCGUCGUUUUGGGGCUCUGGGAGGUUUGCAGCCUCCAAAUCGCCUACCGCCCCCAUUUACUGGCCAGCAACCAUCAAGAGGCAGAAUAGUGGAACAGCUAGGUGACGAUGAAGAUGAAGAAGGCAGUGAGGAGUAUAGUGAAGAUGAUGGAGACGAGGACGAUUACAGUGAUGAAGAACCGGAGGAGAUUCCGCGAACCAAUAAUGCUCCUGACUUCUUUAGUUUUGGUAAUAGUCUUACAGUACAGGGUGGGAUUCUCACCGUCGCGGACGACCUACUCAAGAAUGAUGGAAAGAAGUUUAUCGAAAUGAUGGAGCAGCUUGCUGAACGUCGAAUGGCGCGAGAAGAAGAUGCUCGGGAAUACGCAAGUCAAAGUUACGGACAUCCUCCAAAUGGCGCAAUGCAUCCGCACGUGCACCCUCACCCUCACGCUCAUAAUCAUCCACCCCCGCAAGAGGACGAGGAAUAUGAUGAAGAUGACGAAGAGGAUGAGUACGAUAGCCAAGACGAGGACUACGACGAUGAAGAGGAAAUGGACACGAUGACGGAAGAACAACGGAUGGAGGAAGGACGUCGGAUGUUCCAGAUAUUCGCUGCUCGGAUGUUUGAGCAAAGGGUUUUGACUGCGUACAAAGAGAAAGUGGCCAAAGAGCGUCAGCAAAAGCUUUUGGAGGAGUUAGAAGAAGAAAACCAAGCGGACUCCCAGAAAAAAGCGAAGAAGGCUCGGGAUGCUCAGAAGAAGAAAGAGAAGUUGGCGGAAAAGAAAAAGGCCCACGCAGAAGAAAAGGCAAAGCUAGACGCCAAAAAGGCGGCUGAAGAAGCCGCCAUUCGCGCCGCCGAGGAGAAAAAGGCCGAGGAGCAACGUCUGAAGAUCGAGGAAAGACGGAGGAAAAAGGAAGCGCAGAAGAAAGCCGAGGAAGAAGAGCGACUGAGAAAGGAGGCCGAAAAGGCGCGUCGUUUGCAAGAACAACGAGAUCGACAAGCCGAGUUGGAGCGCAAGCAAAGAGAGGCCAAGGAGAAAGAACGAAAGGAGAAAGAGGAGAUUAGGCAGAGGGAGCGAGAAGCAAAGGAGGCCAAGGAACGAGACUCUCGAGAGCGGAAGGAGAAGCAGGAAAGAGAUAAGCGUGAAAAGGAAGCCAAGGCGAAAACCGAGAAGGAGUCUAGGGAAAAACAAAAGCGUGAGGAGUUGGCGGCUCAACAGGCUGCUGCACAAGCAGCUAUUGCUGCAACUCAAUCUUCGAAACGACCGCAGCCCCCAGUACCAAUUCCGUCGAGCUUACAGUCACAUGCUGUAUCAGUUGCUUCUCCCCACAUCCCUGUUGCCACUCCUGCUAUUCCGAAAGCGCCAACACCUGUUAAACUACGAACAUCUUCUCAGCAAGGUUCAAUAGGGACCGGUCCCCAAACCCCUCAGGGCAAUGGACUAAGCCAGAAUACCUCGCCUCAUUCAUCAACGCCUAUGCAAGGUAGCCCUGGUCCAAUUGGACCACCCGGAAAGAACCAAGGACAGCAGCCACAUCUCCAUCACCCACAAGCCGCAUCUCCGAUCCAUGCAGCCCUGAAGAGUCCUCCGGGAAUUCCACCAAACACAUUUGCUGGCAUGCAACCUAUGGGUUUGGGUUUCCAACCCGGGGUACCUAUGAUGGCGCCAAGCUUUGGCGGGCGUAUGCAGCACGAACCUAUGUUUGCCCAUCAGCCACCGAUGGGAGGGCAAUUCAGGCCUAUGGCUGGCCCCAACGGUAUGCCAAUGCAUCCUCAAUUUGUCAUGCCGCAGAUGCAGCAAGGUAGAGGUUUCCCUUUGCAACAUGGUCCACCAGGGUUCCCACCGCAAAUGCAAAAUGGUCUAGGUGGUAUUGGUCAACCUAUCGGCGCACAGAAGGAUGGUAAUCCAUCACAAUCUCAUUCGCGGCAACAAUCGGGAUCCUAUGAGAAGCCAUUCGAGACACCAUCGUCCAUUUCACAAGCACAACCUAUUGCAAGGCCAGGUCCGAUCGGCCGCCCGUCGAGUGUAGUACAUGGCCAUCACCAAGGAAAUCCGAGCUUGAGUGAUGUUGAUGAGUUGAGCAAUCGACUCGGAAGUCGCGCAUUACUCGAUGAAUCAGACGAGCCGCUUGACGCGGGAGUAAAUGGCCGACGCACAAAUGGCAUGCCAAACCUCAAUACGAGACCAGGGUUUUCACAUUUUGGACUGGAUCCUGGGUUUCCAAGCCCAAUGAGCUCGUUCAAUACAUGGGGUGCUCCACAGCAGAAUCCUUUUGGGCCGUCUUCACUACCUGGUUCGAAUUACAACGGCUGGGGCCCGUCUGUGAACGGCACUUUCGGCUCCCUUGGAGGCUCUUCAGCAAUGCGUCCACCACAGUCCCGCCCAGUAGCUGUCCGAAACAUGAUCUGCAGAGCUUGUCACAAUCUCGAAGGCUCUACACCUGAUGGCUUCUACGAUAUCAACCUCAUUAAAGAGCAAAUCGAGCAUCUCAACAGCCUCAACGAGCAGCCUGUGUCAGAGCAAGAGUUGCUUGAGAUGUGUGAGACUGAGGGUAAUUCUAUGAAUGGCGGUGGCUCGUUUGAGGUCCGCACUGAUGGCAAUGGCCAACGCUCCAUUCGCUAUGAAAAUGAUAUCCCGUCAGCACAUCGACCCGUAGGUGCACCAGGUGAGAUUGGUAGCCCGAUUGUAGGCGGUGGUAGCAUGGCUCGCUUUGCUCACGGGCCCCCUCCAGGCUUCUGA